UAACAGACCAGUGAGAGUGGAUCAGUCAAGGACUGACUCAGAAGAAGAAGAAGAGGAAGAGGGUCAUUCUUACGAUCUCAGGGCUAGGCAGAAGACUGGACUUGUGAAGAAAGUGAAGGGACAGGAUUAUAAAGGACCCAUGCAACGUAGUGUGCUGCUUCCGAGGUCCCUUCCCCAGAGACGGGAACCACUCAAGGUGCGCUUUGAGGAAGCCAUGAACCGAGACGCCAAGGGUCUCCUGGGUAAGGUGCGGCGCAAGCUAGCAGAGGAGGCCAGCCAGCAGUCCAAGAUGAAGAGCGUGCUUCAGCACACGUACGCGGGCAGCCUGCAUGAGGUCAAGAGAGGGGUCAAACAGCAGGUCACUCGCCGCAAGAGGGUCACCAAACAGCUGGAUGAAGACUACAAAGCCAUCCAUGGUAAGCCCAAGACCACGCAAUACAAGCCAGACAAGAAGUACUCUGCACCAGUCUCAGCUCCAGAGGGCAGCAGACGAUCCUCAAGGUCCUCAAAGCGCACUCCACCUUCCAAGCGCAAGCGAGCAGCAUCUGUCAGCCCGACUCGCUCCAUGCUUGGGGUAGAUCGUCCAUUGAGGAUUGGUGACGAUGACCUACUACCGACCUUGAUGCAUGAGUUCCCGUUCCUCCACGUCUCGCCUCACACUGCACAGAGGAUGUGGGCUCAGCAGAUGAAACACAUGGAGCAUCUCACCAAGGCAGCCAUCUCACAGAAAUACAAGAAACCAAAGACACAAUCCAAGAUUGAAGAGGCAGAGAGGAAACAGGAAAUCCUUGUCAAUAUCAUGAAGAAAGAACUUUCCCAUAACCAAAGACUGCGGGAUAUCAAAGAGAGGCGCAAUCAAGAGAGGGCACUGCAGACUAAAGCCAAGGAACAGAGGCAGGUCAAUGCCAGGGCUAAACGAUACUACGAUGAAUAUCGCGUGAGGGCGAGAUCCAGAGGGUUGAAAAGAAGAACCAAAGAGGAACAGAUAUUCAAGCACCUCUUUGAGGAAGGGAUGGCCAUACAGAAGAUGAGAAUUAGAGAGCUUCGUGAGUAUGCCAAGGAGAAACGAGAGGACUAUACCAAACAGCAGCAGAACGAGGUGGAGUCUCUAGAGAACUACUACCGAGAUCAGUUCAACGUGCUUGCCGAGACGAUAGCCACGGAACGUCAUGACCUCAACGUCAGAGACAAGGCACAGGCAAAUGCCAUGCAACGCAUCAAGGCAGACGUGAGGAGGAAGAUGGAGAAAGAGAUCAGAGAAUACCAAGAGCAGCUCUACCGAGACGAGGAUGCAGAGUACUUCCGGCAGCUGGAGGCCGAUAGGAUGAAACAUGAGCUGCAGAUGGCUAAAUACAAGGCUCAGCUGUGAUGGUCACUUGCAUACUAGUAACCUUGCAAUCUAUAUUUAAAUCAUCAGAACACUUCUUUAUGCAUGCAUGGUGUAUAGUCACCCACUUUUUUCCAUGAAACGUUUUAGUGAAAAACCUGUCUUACAAAGAGUUACGAUUGAUCCAAAUCAAUCACAAGUCCUCCAAUCAAUCGCAAGUUUGCAGUCUCCUAUCUCUUAUGUACAAAGUUACGAUUGAUAUCAAUCUCAAAUAAGUUACGAUUGAUAUCAACUCUUUGUAAGACGGGGCCCAGUUCUGUAUAUAGUACAAGGUGCAAAUGUAAUUGUGCACACUAGUACUUGCCCGACUUGAUUUGAAGUAAUUGAAACGUACAGUCAGAACUGUCUAUUGAGGUAACUCAAGGGAAAAAGUGAAAGUUGCCCCUGUAGGCAGAUGGCCUCAAUCUAUAGACAGGUAAACACAUAUUUCUUUCUCGAUGGAGGCAAAGUACAUGGCCACUAUACGCAGGUAGCCUUUAUAGAGAGGUUUGACCGUAUCUUGAUUCUUAAUAAACCUUUUGGUGAAAAUCUGUUCUCUGGCACAUCAAUGACUUGUGGUUGUCCUCAUUGGACAAAAAAUGUGUGCCUACAUUAUAAUCCAAGAUGGCGGCUUGCAUGUUUUGCCUCUUCUCUUAUACCAAUAUUAUUCAUUUCAAAGUCAUAAAAAGCAGUAAAUAUCACAAACAUGGUCUGCAACAACUCCAACUAGGGGAAGGGUCAAUUCGGCCAAUCUUGACUUAGAAAGGGUUUAAGUGGCACUUUAGUUUGUUCAGGAAUUGAAAUAAUGCAGGUGUCAUUUGUAAGACGCACCUUUUGACCCCCGGGGAUGGUGCGUCAUGGUUGCGUCAUGUUCCCCAAAAUCGCGACGCACAGUACCGUCAUGGCCGCAAAAUGUCCGUCACAAUACUGACCCAUAUGUGCGUCAUAGUAAGUCACUUUACCACGUUGCGUCAUUUGGUGUGUCAAUGGGACCGUCACUUUCUCCAAGCUUGUCUGAAGGUGUGUCAUAGGACCGUCAUGUUUUUGAUGAUAUUUCUAACAUACUGGGAAGAAGAAAAGGAGCGCACGCACGAGAUACCGAUUUUGAGUUGAAGCUCGACCAGCGCGCGGCACCAGUAUGCGAAAUGCAAGUUUCACUACAUGUCUUCGCUCGCCGAAAAUGUUUUUAGUUUUGCUAAAAAUUAAAAGAAAACAAAUACACAAGUCAACGAAUAGAUCAAUAAAACUUGUCUUACUGUGUUCUGUUUUUCAUAAAGCUUUGUGCAUGUGGUGUAUAAAACAUGUUCAUCGCCACUUGUCUCUCACAUACGUUAUUAAAUACUGUUCGAUCAACACGCGCUAUACUAGUAUUGCACGAGACCAGGUUUAAAUGCAAUAACACGGGGCAUGCAUGGCAUGCACGAGUUUCUCCAGAAUGCGAAGAAAGCACGAGCGUGCUUUUUGUGCAAAUUCAUAUUGACGGAAACUACGAUUUGAUGCAUGCAUGCUCCCAUUUAAAUACCAAAUACAGUACGAGGCGUGCAUGGUGGUUUGGGGCAUUUUCUCCGGGCUGUCUUUCUUUCUUUCCCAAAAAUUUUAGAAAUUGAGAUGGUCUGAGGAAUUCGGGAUCGGGGAAAAUGGUUGAAUUUUAAGAGCAAUAUAGUUCGGGAUGAUCCCGGAAAAUCAUUGAAAUAGGGGGUACGUCCUUGAAAUAUUUGAAAUUGGGGGGGGGGGGGGAGGGGUAUAUGACAUGCUAUACUUUCAGAACACCAUGCACAACAUUGGUCUUCCCAUAGAAGGGUCCAUAUCUUCCAUAGACUUUGUAUUGAAACAACUAUUUCUACAUUUUCUUGGCUUUCAAUCUGACGACUUAAUAAGCCCUUUUGUGGUGACAGGGCACAUAUGAUUAUAUUUAACAUUUCAGGAAAUUAUUGACUUCUGUCUUGAUUUCUUUUGGUCUUGACUUUUUUUUUUAGGCCAAGGGAAUAAUUGAUCCCUGAGAAUUAAAAAGUGAUCAUGUAAUUUAGUCAUUUUUGUUUCGCCAUAGGACGUGAUGGUGAAAAUCUGUAUUCUUUAAUACACACGAACACAUAUGUCCAAAUCCGCCCAUCAUUUCCAUUGAAAUUUAAUGGAACGCACGGACAGCCAGCAUGCACACACACAAAGGAAAAAUUGCAACACAGAUGUACAUGUAUUAUUUUGUCAUACCCUCUCCACACCCUCAUCGCAACCGCCAAUCAGCUCAACACAUCCAAUCUCGUGAGUCAACAUUCUGUCUUAUUUUAGAUUCUUAAAAUGAAACAAGAAAUACUUGACAUAUGUUAACACCGUUGUGGUUUAUUUAGAAACAGAAUAUCAUCGUUUGUUUAGUUACAUCAGGAAUGAAUAACAUUAUGAACAACAUUAUUGUCAUAGAUAUUAAACACUUAAAAGAAACGGAAUUACAGUACAGUAUAUAUGUCAAUUCUUUCCUCCAAGCGUGCAAUCUAUCAGAUCACUGCAUGGAUUUGAUUGCGCGGCAUGCAUGAUAGAAAAUGCAAUUACCAAGUGGUCACGUCAUGCACUUUGACCAAUCGGCAGGCCUGAAAUUACAGUACCAUUUAAGAACAAAGUAUUACAGUACAAAUCUUGGGGUAAUUAGGGCAGUGUCAUGAGUUUGAUUGCGGUUUUAAUGUAAGAGAUUUGGUCACCAACAAGAUACGUACGUGUUAAUUUAUCCAUUUGAUUAUAUCACGAGAAUCGUCUGGGGGGGGGGGGGGAGGGCUGCCGCACCCCCAGUCUUCUUAGGGUUAUUAGAUUUGAUUAGUACCUGAAUAUAAUUAAAUUGCUUAUAAAUUGCUGCUAGAAACUAUGGUAUUAACACAAUUACCUCUCUUUCCCUUCAUUUCAUGUCAUGUCAUGCCACACGUUUAUUCUUAACAGACAAAUUCAAAUGUAUUGUCCCUCAUAUGCAUUUCUGUGUUGGUAUUUUAUCAGCAUCAUUAAUUGUUUUUAGAUGUUGUUACAUAACGAUUGUUUUGCUGGUUCCAACAACUCGAUUGUUAUCCAGGAUUUCAUUCACUGUAAGAUCAACCAUUUAUUUAUAGUUUCAAAGCAGUUUAUGUCAAAAUUAUAUUACUCUGCAAGUAGGCCUACUCCAGAUUUACCUUUAACAAAUAAAAACAGAAGUAUAAUGGUCAUACAAUCGUAAAACAUUCCUCUGUUACCACAUGUGACAGACAAAUUAAAAGAUCUAUUAAACAUUGUUUAAAAUUGCAGGACUUUCAGCUAGACAGGUAUUGUAAACAGGGUGUCCCAGAAAAAAAUGCCCGCCAUACUACAGGGAGGAUAUGGGCAUUGGGACAUUUUUUUUCUGAGACACCUUGUAUUCAAUUGCCAUUCCAUGCCUAAAGUCUAACAAAGAUUUAAGCCAAAAAAAAAAAUACAAAGAAAAUUAAGUACUGUAUUAAUAUAUGCAUUACA